GUGUCACCAACGGCAAGCAGAGCGAUAUAUUGUCGGCAUGAAGGACAGCGAUUGUGCCUCUCUCCUUUUAACUACCACCUCAAACAUUUGUAGAAGAGAGAUACACAUUCGGGAUGCAUUUCGGAAACUUGCUGGCGCAAGUACCGCUGCUAGGCUGGUUCACACCCGGAAUUGAGGAUGUUCAUAACGUCGGAACGACGUACAAUCAAUUACUGGACCCCGUAUACACUCGUCUCCCAACGGGCGUGGUGAAGCCGCACGGCUGGGGGACGAACAUGGCUCAGGUACUGGCACAUGGACUUGCCAGUGAACAGCCGCUGUGGUACAGCUACGUCAAGGACUCGAUCUGGCAAGGUGGAAUGCUGGAAUACAGCGAGAUGCAGGAGGCUGCACCCUACUGGUUUAACAGCUGGGUCGCACUCGCCUACCAGCUCCGGAACGACACCCUCAUCGGUUACACGGAGAACUUCCUUGACCACGUCCUGGCGUCCCGCCACCCGUCAGGUAACUUCGGCCCAGACCCGUUCAACACCUCGCUCCCGGUUCUCUUAUGGCCGAGGUACCUGGUGAUGCUCGGGCUCAUUCAACACGCGGAAGCCGACCCUGCGCGGAAACAAGAGAUCUGCGACCUCAUGCACGCAUUCGUGCCGUACGCAACGAAGCGCUUCGCAGACGGCGACAUCGGCGAUGAGGACCUCGGCGGGCAGUACGGCUUCCAAGUCGUCCGCUGGGAGGAGCUCGUCCUCGUUUUACAGUGGCUCUAUGACAACGACCCCAGAGGGAAGGAACAGCAGCUCGUCGCUUUGAUGAGGGCCGCCCAGACGCAGGGGUUUUCCUGGAAGCGAGACUUUUAUGUGGAUAACGGGACGUUCCCGAGGCUAGCGGUACUUCCGGCCGAAGAUACCCAGGAACGGCACGGUGUGAAUAUCGCAGAAUCACUGAAGUCGGAAGCAUUGGUUUGGCGAGUCACCGGUGACCCUAGUGACAUUGCGAGCACCUAUGCCCGCAUAGAGAUGCUCUGGAAGUAUCACGGCCGUCCCCAAGGCAUCUUCAGCACCGAUGAACACCUAGGCGGGUUACACCCUUCCCGAGGCACCGAGCUCUGCGCGAGCGUCGAGGCGAUGUUCUCGCUCGAGUACAUGUACGCCAUCCUGGGCGAACCCGCAUGGGCGGACCUCACCGAGAAAAUCGCCUAUAAUGCCGUCCCCGCACAGAGCACCCCCGACUUGCGCGCGCACCAGUACCUGCACCAAACAAACCAGAUCGCCGUCGCAAACCGCACCGGGCCCACGCCGUGGACGACGGACGGGCCGUACAGCAACGUGCUCGGCAUGGAGCCCGAGUUUCCCUGCUGCACCGUGAACCACGCGCAGGCGUGGCCAAAGUUCUGGGCGAACAGCUUCCUGCUCGCGCGCCGCGGGCGAGAGCUUGUGCACGCGCUGCUCGGGCCGGCGAAGCUAUCCGUCGAGCUGGAGGGCGGGGCGCAUGUGAACGUGACGGUGGAUACGCUGUAUCCCUUCGGCGAGACGUUGACGUAUACGAUCUCCGCAUCCGCGCCGUUCACCUUCCACAUCCGCAUCCCCGGCUGGGCCAAGGCCGCGAGCAGCAUUAGCAUCAACGACCAGCCCGCCUCCGCGCUCACCCACGACCCCAAGACAGCGCUUCAGACCGUGUCGGUCCCCGCGAGCAAUACAACCAUCCGCCUGUACCUCGACAUGCAGAUCGAGGUCGAGGAGCGGUCGAAUGGGAGCGUUGCCGUGCACCGUGGGCCGCUGUUCUACGCGGUGGACCUCGCGUACAACGAGACGCUGACGCCCGCGCGGAGAGCCUCGGGGCCCCUCCAGCUGCUUAACAGGCUCCCCGGCGUGCCAGAUUCCGACCUCCAACUCUACGACAAUCACACUCACGAUCACACACUCGUCGCCACCACGCCCUGGAACCUCGGCAUCGACCCCUCCACGCUCACCCUCCACUCCGCGCCGACCGACGUGCUCCCUCAUUACGUCUGGGCGACGGGCGCGCAGCCGCAGUGGCUGACCGCGGCGGGCUGCGAGGUCGCGUGGCCACUCGCGGAUGGCGGCGCGGACGCGGACUGGCCGCCGCACAGCCCGGUGGAGUGUGUCGGCGACGUGCGCGAGGUAGUGCUGAGGCCGUUCGGGGGGACGAGGUUGAGGAUGGGGGAGGUGCCGACUGUGCAGAUACAUUUGAAUGACGUUCACGGAAGUGGGCAGUGAUGGAACGUGUGAAGCUUUAAGACUGAUUAGCCCUAGCUGUAGGAACGCACUCUACAUGCAUCCAGUAACAUGACAUGAAGCAGUACCACCAUGCACGAAUCACGGUCUCACUCCAUCUUCGUGUUCCCCGCACCCUCGCCGUGUUCCGAUUCCACCCCUAUCUCCGACCUCCGAUCCAUCGACGCCCUCGGUGCUGGCUGCGUGCUUACGAC